AUGGAGCAGCAGACUGUACCAGACUUUAAAGAUGAGAUGAGGAUGGAAGAAGAAAGUACUUCACCGGAAUUGAUCAAGACAGAGAUUAAGCAGGAGGAAGAUAAACUUCUUGUUAAAUCAGAAGUGCAUUCGAAUGCAGUUUCUCAGUUGGAUUAUCCCAACCAGGAAUCAGCAUUGCAGUGGGUUCAUCCCAAUAAAAAUGCUCACAUUCGCUCUGAAUGUUCCUACAAUGCAAGAUGCAAAGAUGAGAUGAAGAUGGAAGAAGAAAGUACUUCACCGGAAUUGAUCAAGACAGAGAUUAAGCAGGAGGAAGAUAAACUUCUUGUUAAAUCAGAAGUGCAUUCGAAUGCAGUUUCUCAGUUGGAUUAUCCCAACCAGGAAUCAGCAUUGCAGUGGGUUCAUCCCAAUAAAAAUGCUCACAUUCGCUCUGAAUGUUCCUACAAUGCAAGAUGCAAAGAUGAGAUGAAGAUGGAAGAAGAAAGUACUUCACCGGAAUUGAUCAAGACAGAGAUUGAGCAGGAGGAAGAUAAUUUUCUUGUUAAAUCAGAAGUGCAUUCGAAUGCAGUUUCUCAGUUGGAUCAUCCCAACCAGGAAUCAGCAUUGCUUUGCUACCAGUGGGUUCAUCCUAAUGAAAAUGCUCACAUUCGCUCUGAAUGUUCCUACAAUGCAAGCAAAAAAACAGCUUCAGUUUUACAUCAGCGGACUCAUUCCGAAGAAAAACCGUAUAAAUGCUCUGAAUGUUCCUACAGUGCGAGCGUAAAACAAAUCUUAGUUCGCCAUCAGAUGACUCAUACCGGUAAAAAACCAUAUAAAUGCUCUGAAUGUUCCUACAGUGCAAGCCAAAAAUCACACCUAGUUCGCCAUCAGACAACUCAUACCGGUGAAAAACCGUUCAAAUGCUCUGAAUGUUCCUACAGUACAAGCGUAAAACAAAUCUUAGUUCGCCAUCAGAUGACUCAUACCGGUGAAAAACCAUAUAAAUGCUCUGAAUGUUCCUACAGUUCAAUCCAAAAAUCACACCUAGUUCGCCAUCAGUGGUCUCAUACCGGCGAAAAACCGUAUAAAUGCUCUGAAUGUUCCUACAGUUCAAGCCGAAAAUCACACCUAAUUAACCAUCAGAUGACUCAUACCGGUGAAAAACAGUAUAAAUGCUCUGAAUGUUCCUACAGUGCUCACUGGAAAUCAACCCUGAUUUUCCAUCAGCGGACUCAUACCGGUAAAAAACCGUUUAAAUGCUCUGAAUGUUCCUACAGUUUAAACCGAAAAUCAAACCUAGUUAACCAUCAAAUGACUCAUACCAGUGAAAAACCGUACAAAUGCUCUGAAUGUUCCUACAGUUCAGGCCGAAAAUCACACCUAAUUAACCAUCAGAACACGCAUACCAGUGAAAAACAGUAUAAAUGCUUUGAAUGUCCCUUUAGUACUGGCUGGAAAUCAGCCCUGGCUUGCCAUCAGAUGACUCAUACCGGUGAAAAACAGUAUAAAUGCUUUGAAUGUUCCUACAGGUCAAACCGAAAAUCAAACCUAGUUUACCAUCAGAUAAAUCAUACCAGAGAAAGCCCGUAUAAAUGCUCUGAAUGUUCCUACAGUACAAACCGAAAAUCAAGCCUAGUUAACCAUCAGAUGGCUCAUACAUACUUUGCUUGCGCGGUUUUGCAACGCCUUUGUUCCUCUGUAAAAUGCUAACAGUAACAAUUUUAAUCGACCAGCCCUCCACAACCUGGAGAAGGAGACCGCCAAGAGGAACUCUGUUUAUGCCUAGUGAUUCAGCUAAGUCAAACUAUCAUAAUAUGCACUACCGAAGUUUACACAAUGAUACUCGUUUUGAAGAUUACUUAAAGCUCUCAGACCAGUUUCCCACCCCCAGUGGUUACAGAGCUCAGUCGACUAAAGCCGGGAAGAACAAGCACAGCACUACAGAACUAGCCGGACAGAACACAGGAAACUGCACACACAGUGCAGAACUGAUUGUGAUAACACGAAGUCCCGACAAGAUGACGGAGGACACUGCAAUUACAUCCACAAACACUACAAACUACUUGAACUUCCGGGCAGCCCCACUAAAUACAAACACUAACUUGAACUU